AUGCGGAGAAGAGGGUCACUUGGCAAGGGACUGCAGGCAGGAGACCACGAGCUGCUUAACGUGCGAAGGAAAGGGGCAUAUGGCAGGAUCAGGUACAUGCCCGGAAUUCAGAAACGCCCUGAGAAGGACGAGACUUCUGUUAAAGAAGAAGAGGAGAUACUGAUACGACCAGUCUUCUUCGUUAGACAGACAAGUAUUAUAGUUUUACUUAUGGAAAGUAUUAAGUUUUUGUAUACAAAUGCGGGAAGAGAUAGGACAGUAAUGGACCUCCUAGAACAGACAGUCUUAGAGCGGAACAUAGAUAUUCUAGCUGUGACGGAACCAAAUAAAAAUAGAGUUGGAACCCAGGGAUGGAUAACAGAUAAGGAUAAAGACGUAGCUCUUAGGUUCUGUAAUGGGAGGAUGAAGUUCAAUGGUAAAGGUGGGGGCAAUGGUUUUGCCUGGGCGCGAUGCGGGGAUAUAUAUAUAUACACCUGCUAUUUCAGCCCUAAUAAGGAACAGGAGGCUUUUGAGAUAUUCCUCCGGUCGGUAGAUAGAGAUAUCAGGGAGAGGACUCCAGAAAAAAUCUUGAUUGUAGGGGACUUCAAUGCUAAGUCUCCUACAUGGGGGGCGCCUAGAGCAGACCUAAGGGGAAACUCUAUAGAGGAAUGGAUUGCUGAAAAAGAUCUAAAUGUGGUAAAUAAUGGAAAACCUACUUUUGAAAGAAAUGGUAGCGUUAGCCAUAUAGAUAUUACGUUGUGUAGUAGAAACCUACGAGACAAAAUAACGAACUGGGAUGUAGACGAGGAGGAAAACCUGAGUCUCCACAAAAAUAUUCUUUUUGAAGUAUCUAGGAGUAAACCAAGGUACGGGAUAUUAAGGACAGGAAGAGGGUUUGGAUGGCACUUCAAUACACCACUAUUGGAGAGAGCUAAGGAAAAACUGGCCGAAAGUUUUAAUAGAAUUAUACCAAGCACGAUGACACUAGAGGAAUUCCAAAGAGUACUCACAGACGUCUGCGAGGCUACGUUCCCGAAACGAAUAAAGAGAAGGGGACGAAGCGCUAAAUACUGGUGGAACGAUGAAAUAGCCGAGAAGAGACGGGUGUGUAUCAGACUGAGAAGGGAGGUUACCAGAACCGCCAAAAGGAGAAGCCAAGAGGACGUCGAUCUGAAAAGAGAGGAGUACAAGCAGGGUAGGAGACAGUUAAAACAAAUGAUCUUGAAAGCAAAAGAGAAAUGUUGGAAGGGCCUGCUGGACGAACUAAAUGAAAACGUGUGGGGGGAUGCAUAUAAAAUUGCAGUUAAAAGGGUGGGAGGAAGACAACCGCCACAGAUAGACGAACGAAAGAGGAUGGAAAUUGCGAAGAGCCUUUUCCCGGAAGCGGCUAAUAUAACUUGGACAAAAAGAAGAUGCACUGCAGAGGAAGUCCCCCCUUUUGGAACGGAGGAACUGCAAAGAGCUGUAGAUAAAUAUUAA